GGUAGGGAAAUCUUAAUUCCUAGAACGACGAUAGAUUUUCCAAUGUGCCAAACAAGGAUAUUAAUUAUCCACAAAACCAACAUGUCGAGUUGGGUUUUGUAGUUGCAGCUGUCUUCUGCAGCUAAACCCCUCUCCCUUCCCCCCCUUCUCUCUCUUUGUAGAUGGCUCGUCUUGAAGCUCAUAUAACUUCUCGCAGCAUUUUCAUGGCCAAUAUCUCCCCUAUAAUCUCAUCAAUGAAUGCCCAACUGCCAUACUUUUCCUUUCCACAAUCCUCCAUGAAAAUCCAGAAGCAAAGCUCACUCUUUUCUACCAACCCCACCUUAAAAGACACAAACUUUUCACUCUCAGCGAACCCAAGAAAGCUGCUUUGCAAACCUCCUCGCGGCAAGUAUGUUAGAGAAGACUAUCUUGUGAAGAAGCUUUCAGCUCAGGAGAUCCAGGAACUGGUAAAGGGAGAGAGAAAUGUACCUCUUAUUAUUGAUUUUUAUGCAACAUGGUGUGGACCCUGUAUUCUGAUGGCUCAAGAACUCGAAAUGCUUGCUGUGGAGUACGAAAGCAAUGCUAUGAUUGUUAAGGUUGACACAGAUGAUGAGUAUGAGUUUGCACGUGACAUGCAGGUACGAGGCUUGCCUACACUUUUUUUUAUCAGUCCCAAUCCAAAUAAAGAUGCAAUCCGGACUGAGGGGCUUAUUCCAAUUCAAAUGAUGCGGGACAUCAUCGAUAACGAGAUGUAAUGCAAAGGAGCAAGAAGAUGAUUUGCCUGUUGCUUGACAUAUUUUUGCGUGCCUCAAGCUUCAUUUUUGGUAUUGCCCUUAGCUUUCUGUCUUCUAACUCAAAGCUAUGUUUAACUGGAGAAAUGCCUUGAAAUCGGACAACAUCACGGUCAAAUGAUGAGAAAAAUGGGACGAUUAACCUGUUUGGAUGCAAGGAUUUGCACUGUGCUGGUGGAAACAUGUGAACUGAGAAACUUGGUGCAGGGAUCAAUGUGCCUAAUUUUUGUCUUGUUUUAUUUUUUGUUGGACUACCAAUUGGUCAAUAGAGAGUGGAUAUGAACUCUAAACCCUUUUUCCUCUUGUCAAUUCACUCAAUGAAAAUGCACAUAUGUUAGCAGAUUUUUGAGAUUACAUUGAGUAAAGGAUAAGGAAAUUGUUGCUUGGA